AGUGACAGCAUAAAGCAUAUUGUAUAGUUUAGUAUUGUUUUGUAUUGUUUAGUCAAUCAAAUAUUUUUUUUACUGUUUUUUUCCCUUCUUUUUUCACGGUAAUGUCGGCCAUAUUGGGAACACGGGAAAACCAUUCAGGAUUUCAUGUAGCCUUCACGUACUGUCGGAAAAAUUUGUAUCAGUCACUUCAGUAAUUCAUAAUUACGUUUUUAUUCAGGAAUUUAAGUGGGAAUAAUACAUGAUUUACAGUAAAGUAUAGUAUUAUUUUCAAGUUCUGAUAAAAAUAUAGGUGUUUGUUAUUUUAAAUUGAAUUAUUUGCUCCACGAUGCCAGAUUUUCCCAGUUUACUUUUGGAACUUGAACGCACCAUUCCUGCCGUGGCCUCGUCGGCUGCCUCGCGCUUGAGCUGCUUUUGUUGUGUCUUUUUGGGGGACCCGGAGCCGACAGCGGGCGGCGGAUCCCCGCGUUUGUUCCCGUGAUGCUCAGCGGCCACGCGGGCUCGCCAGGCGGUGUUCCCGGGCUGUCGUAGUCCCCCGCCGCCGAACCAACGGACUUUGCGCCGCUGAAGUAGUUAAUCGGUAUGGGACAGGCGGAAGACUGAGAUUCCACGCUCCAGACCGCAGCUCAGUCCCGCUUCCACGUCUGUUUUUAACGGAAAAAUAAACCGAGAGGACGCGCGGGGGACGCUGGCCGCAUGUAGCCGAACUUCAUCGCUGCUGAGUUCGGUUUUGAAGACUCGACGAUGGGUUGCGUCAAGAGUAAAGAGCACAAGGGUCCGGCGCUGAAAUACCAACCCGACAACCCCAACGCCGCGUCGGCCAGCGCUCACCAGGGCCACUACGGGCCCGAACCCACCCUGAUCGGUCACUCUCCAGCUGCUAAGAUGCACAACAACACUUACAACAGCCACACGGCGGCCCUCACGCCCUUUGGGGGGGCGUCCUCCGUCAUGACGCCCUUCGGGGGCGCCUCCACCUCCUUCGCCUCGGUGGCUGUGAGCAGUCCCUACCCCACCGCCAUCUCAGGAGGAGUCACUUUCUUCGUAGCGUUGUACGACUACGAAGCGAGGACGGCCGACGACCUGUCGUUCAAAAAGGGGGAUCGUUUUCAGAUCAUCAACAACACGGAAGGCGACUGGUGGGAGGCCCGCUCCAUCAACACCGGCGAGACCGGCUUCAUCCCCAGUAACUACGUGGCUCCGGCCGACUCCAUUCAAGCUGAAGAGUGGUACUUUGGGAAACUGGGCCGCAAAGACGCCGAGCGUCUGUUACUGCUGGUCGGGACGCAGCGAGGAACCUUCCUGGUACGAGAGAGUGAGACCACCAAAGGUGCCUACUCCGUAUCGAUACGAGACUGGGACGAGGUGAAGGGAGACAACGUCAAACACUACAAGAUCCGGAAACUUGACAGCGGCGGUUAUUACAUCACCACACGAGCCCAGUUUGACACGCUGCAGAAGCUGGUCAGACACUACACAGAACAUGCGGACGGGCUGUGCUACCGGCUGACCACCGUGUGUCCCGUGGUGAAGCCGCAGACUCAGGGAUUGGCGAAGGACGCCUGGGAGAUCCCGCGGGAGUCGCUCCGGCUGGAAGUCAAGCUGGGGCAGGGCUGCUUCGGGGAGGUUUGGAUGGGCACAUGGAACGGCACCACCAAAGUGGCGAUUAAGACCCUGAAGCCGGGCACCAUGUCCCCGGAGGCCUUCCUGCAGGAGGCCCAGAUCAUGAAGAAGCUGCGCCACGACAAGCUGGUGCCGCUGUACGCCGUGGUGUCCGAGGAGCCCAUCUACAUCGUCACCGAGUUCAUGGGCAAAGGUAGCCUCCUGGACUUCCUGAAAGAGGGUGAUGGGAAGUACCUGAAGCUUCCUCAGCUGGUGGACAUGGCCUCUCAGAUCGCAGACGGCAUGGCCUUCAUCGAGAGGAUGAACUACAUCCACCGAGACCUGAGAGCCGCCAACAUCCUGGUGGCCGAUAACCUGGUGUGUAAAAUCGCAGACUUCGGUUUGGCUCGGCUCAUCGAGGACAACGAGUACACGGCUCGGCAAGGUGCCAAGUUCCCCAUCAAGUGGACGGCCCCCGAGGCGGCUCUGUACGGCCGCUUCACCAUCAAGUCGGACGUGUGGUCGUUCGGGAUACUACUGACGGAGCUGGUCACCAAGGGCCGAGUGCCGUAUCCAGGGAUGGUGAACCGGGAGGUUCUGGAGCAGGUGGAGCGCGGCUACCGCAUGCCCUGCCCCCAGAGCUGCCCCGAGUCGCUCCACGACCUGAUGAUGCAGUGCUGGAAGAAGGAGCCGGACGAGAGGCCCACCUUCGAGUACACCCAGUUCUUCCUGGAAGACUACUUCACGGCCACGGAGCCGCAGUACCAGCCCGGGGACAACCUGUAGCCGGCGGGAGGCGGGAACGAGAGGCGGAUUUCUCUGGGAACAUUGGCGAGGGCGGGCCACUACACUGUGAUUUCUAAUAAACGCGACGCAGAUUUAUACUUUGUUAUAAGCCCCUCCCACCUUCCUGCAAGCCCCUCCCCUUUUUUAUGACAAACAUUUGGGAGUUUGUUUUUUAGAGACCAAUAACUGUGGAUGGAGGCGGAGCUAAAGUCUGCUGUAGAAUGUACGGACAGCAGCAGGUUUAACAAACUCACGACGUUUUAACCUGCAGAAUCACUCAAAGUAUUUUGAUAACGACUUUCUGAUUUAACGUUUUAUAAAUGUUUAAAGAGUUUAUUUGAUUUCCUUUAGAUCUCAUUUCCAGUCCAGCAGAUCCCUUUUAUAAACACGUUGGUCAAAUCUCAUUUUUUAAUCUAAGAUACAGACAUUUAGGAAGACUUUUACACUAAAACCGUGUGGGAGGAGCUUCAGAUUCAGCUGGUUUUCAUGGUACUUCACAGUUUUACCUUUUUCCAGGUGUGAGAAAUGAGGAGUUUAAAGAUGUGAAUUCUUCUUUUUGUCGUCGGGGAGUCGAGUUGUUGAUCCUGAAACUCGUUUGGAACUUUAUAUAAUAAACAACAGAGAGGUUACGUCUAUGAUUUUGUACAGAACAAAAUAAAAGAAUAAAUCAA